AUGAUGCACCCGUCAAGGCAAGCGCGCGUCGAUGACGAGCCCAUGUCGGGCAUUGCGCUCGAAGAUCUCCCCGAAGACCAUGACUACAAUAUUCCCACCGACGUUGCCGGCGGGACAUCCGAAAAGGCGUCCGCCAUCCUCGGCCAGCUCAACCGCAAACGUCUCGCCGCCACGAUAGCGGUCCCGACCGACGAUGGACGUGUACGCGCCAAGCUCCGCGAGAUGGGCGAACCCAUCACCCUUUUCGGCGAGGGCCCGGGCGACCGACGAGACCGCCUGCGCGAGCUCAUGACGCUCCAGGUCGAGCAAGCUGGGGGUCAGGCGGCCGAUGUGACCAUGGAAGACGCCGAAGAGGAGGAGGACGAGGCGGAGGAGGAAUUCUACUCGCGCGGUGGCCCAGCGCUUCUCGAAGCACGCAUUAACAUGGCCAAGUACUCGCUGCCGAGGGCCAAGCGACGGACGGCUUACCAACGUCUCGAGGCCAAGAUUCCGCUGCGCACGCAAGUCAAGUUUCGCAAGCAGAUGAAGGAGCGGCUGGCUGGAUUUGAGCUACAAGGAAGCCAGAUUGUCGGCGAGCGCAACGUGAGCAUGACGCGUCUAUCACCCAACGGCGAGUUGGUCGCAGUCGGAAACUGGGGUGGGCAAAUCAAGAUCCUCGAGGUGCCGACUCUCAGUGAGAAGAUGUCAUAUCGCGGACAUACAAACAAGAUUAGCGGCAUCUCCUGGUCACCCGGUGCUACUCUACCAGAGUCCAACGUAUCGUCUGACUCGGUCAACUUUGCGUCUGGGGGUGCCGAAGGGUUGGUCCACCUCUGGUCGCUGAAUCAAGACACGCCACUCGCCACGCUCCAAGGCCACACGCAGCGCGUAUGUCGCGUCGAGUUCCACCCGUCGGGACGCUAUCUCGCAUCGGCCUCGGAAGACACGUCCUGGCGGCUCUGGGACGUGGAAACAAGCAAGGAGCUUCUGCUACAAGAGGGCCACUCGCGCGGCGUCUACGCCGUCAGCUUCAACAAUGACGGGUCUCUAAUCGCCAGUGCCGGACUCGACAGUAUCGGACGAAUAUGGGAUGUACGAUCAGGCCGGACCGUCAUGAUCCUUGACGGCCAUCAGGACGGCCACAUUAAGCCCAUUUACGCGCUGGACUGGAGUGCCGACGGGCACCGCGUGCUCACCGGCUCUGCCGACGGCUGGAUCAAGUGCUGGGAUGUCCGCAAGGUCCAGAAAACGGGCGGCAUCGGCGCGCACACAAGCGCCAUUUCCGACGUGCGCUGGUUCAAGGGCCUCGACGAACCACUGGACGGUGUGCCGCCGCCGCUGGACGACAAGGGCGUCCAGAUCCCCAAGAAGACGGGCACGUUUGUGGUGUCGGCGGGCUUUGACCGCACCGUCAAGAUCUUUUCCGCGGAUGACUGGAGUUUAGUCCAGACGCUCAGCGGGCAUACCGGCCCCGUCACCUCGGCCGACUACAGCAGGGACGGUAAAUGGAUUGUCAGCGGCGGACACGACCGUACAGUCAAAUUGUGGGGACGAAACGAUGGCGAGGCUGCAUAA